AUGGAUAUUGUUGAAACGCAAGAUCAAGCUGUGGGAACAGAAACUCCGCCACGUCGUAAGAGUAAAAGGGAAGAAAAAACUUUGGAAAAUUUAAAAAAAGCCAUGUCCAAUGGUUGCGUGCAAAAGGGGGAGAAAAAGAAAUUAGAGACCAAGAAGCUCCGAAAGAAAUUGGUAGAAAUUGAAGAACAAAAUGAAUCGCUAUCGAUAGCAGUUUCUGAAAAGAAUCAAGAAAUAGCUGAGUUAAGGAAAUCGGUAAAUUCGUUAAAUGAUGUUCUGAAUUCUGUACCAAUUGAGGAAUUGAGAUGUAAUUCAUCUAUUGCUAGCACAAAAUUAUUGGAGUUAAGUAAGAAAAAUCGUCAGCUUAGGGCUGAAUUGGAAACUACAAAAAAUCGUCUAAAUAAAAAAGAUUUACAAAUCCAAAAAAUGGAGAGAGAAUUGAAAAUGAGUGCAGAGAAAUUCCAUAAAGAUACCGAAUUACUUAAGAAAAAUAUCACACCUGUGGAGGAAUUACAAUCCAAAUAUAAUGCUUUACAGCAAAAAUUAUUUGAGACUCGUAAUCGGAAUAUGGAAUUGCAUAGUCAAUUAAAAUUAACGCAAAAAUGUUUGCAACAAGAAGUUGGCGAACACGUUAAUGUAAACAUUUUGGCCUCACAUCCGAACAGUUCAAAUUGGCGGGGACGAGCUCAACAUAUUUUACAUUUGCAGCAAAAAGUCCAAGAGUUAAAGGAGCGUUUAGAAGCCCACGAAAGCCCAGUUAAUCUUACUGCCCAAUAUUCAAAUCCUUUAAUUUCGGAAGGACAAGACGGUUCUUUAGUUUUCGAGGGAGCAGAGUCCGGAAUAGCAGGAGCAUCUAUACCGGCACCUUCGGUAUUGUCCAAUUUAAGUUUAAGCUCUUACGAACGGCCCAGCGUGCGUAAGUCCGAAAUACAGCAUCGGGCUAAAGUUGAAAGUCUCGAAAAAGAAAUUGCGAAUUUAAAAUCACAACUUGAGGAGUCUCGUGGUAAAAUUUUAGCAUUAAAAGUGCGCAAUAAAACCCUUAACGAUGAAGUGUCGCGUUUCAAAAUGAAAACCAAUUCUUUGGAAGAGCAAACCGAGUUCAAUACGACUAACAUAGCCACCAUGAAUGAUAAGUUAAAUCAACAAAAAUUUCUUUAUGAUAAACGUAUUGAGGAAUUGAACCGUGAAAUAUCCAAUGCGAUGAAACAACGAGAAGAGGCAGAACUUAAAGAGGAACACAUGCGUCAUAAGUACGAAAACCUCAAGCUUACCAUGGAGAGCAAGGAUGGUUAUAAUGAUGAAAUGAAAGCGGUGAUAAAGAAAUUGGAAACCGAUUUAAAAGCGAUUUGCGGAGGAUUUUUAUUUUCUUGCCGGGAAUUGAGAAAGGAAGAAUUCAUUACCAUAUUGGAUACAUUGGAAUCGGAGAAAAAUUAUCUUGUGCAGCAUAAUAAGACUCUGAAUGAACGCAUCGAUCAAGAGCGGCAUAAAAAUGAAAAUUUACAGGAAUUGUUGUCGAAGCAAAAGAUACGUAUCGCACGUUUGGAAGUAAAAUUACGUGAGAUGGAAAAAGAAUUUGAUUCGCAUCAAGAGCGACGCAAACGCACGCAACGUAUCCACGACUAUUCGAACAGUUUGAACGCUUUAGGUAGUACAACCUCAUUCAGUUCGAUGACAUUCGAAAAUGUUACCUUGAAUAGCGGCAAAGCGAUAUCAAAUCAUAAUUUUAAUGCAAACGAUAUAGACGACGUAAAUGAUAUAUCCGAUUUGAAAAAUCGCCUUGAAUUGGCCAAUGAAAAGAUAGCUAUGCUGAAAGAGAAGUUAGAUUAUAUUGUAGCGGAAAAGGAAAAUGAUCUGAAAACCUUCGAAGAGAUUAUCAACAAUUCGAAAAUGCUUAUUUUGGAAAGUAUUUUGGCGCAACGGUCGAGCAGUGCGACUUCCAUGGACGCGAAAAAAAAUUAA